CUGCGAUCUGAGAAUUUUUCAGACGAAGAAGAGGAAAUGCAAUUCUUCGGUGGCUUAGAAACCAGUCCGUCGCCGGCGGCGCCGACGUCAGCCGGAAACAAUGGCAACAUGCUCUACAUAUUCAACAGGAAUGGAAUUUGCUUGCUUUAUAGGGAAUGGAACCGCCCGCUCAAAACCCUCAGUUCGCGCGAGGAUCACAAGCUCAUGUUUGGUCUACUUUUCUCUCUCAAAUCCCUAACCGCGAAGAUGGAUCCAACCAGUCUCGAGAAAGGAAAUCUAGGCGUGCCGCAGCUGCCUGGGCAAGGCUGUUCGUUUCACAGCUUCCGUACAAAUACGUAUAAAUUGAGUUUCAUGGAGAGUCCGUCUGGGAUCAAGAUAAUCCUCGUGACCCAUCCUCGGACUGGCGAUCUGCGAGAUUCCCUUAGGUAUAUCUAUAACUUGUUUGUGGAGUACGUUGUCAAGAAUCCGGUAUAUUCCCCGGGCAGUCCUAUUCAAUGCGAGCCCUUUAAUGCAUCAGUUGAUCAGUAUGUCCGGGGCCUCGGCUGAUUAAUGUUGUUCGAUAUUUGUUCAAAUCGGUUCGUAUCAUAUUUGCCAUUUUUUGUUGUUUGCAUUUAUGGAUGAUCGUCUAUAUUUGGUGAAUACUGUGUAUAUUUUUGACAACAUAAUAUCUUUCGGAGACGGCUUUUAUUGCUUCGAUUGUUGCCUGAAUAUGGCGCUAAUUGAAAUGCAUACAUUUGUCUUAUUA